CAAGGGGCUUCCAGAAAUUACAAAGUACUUUCAUAAAUGUUACCUCACUUAACGGUUAAAUUCAAGGUCACACAGUAAGCACUGAAACCAGGACUGAAAACUAGUUUUGUUUAAGCCACGGUCUCUCUGUUGCCCACGCUGGUGGGAACUCCUGGGUUCAAGGACUCUCAUGCCUCAGCCUCCCAACUAGCUGGGAUGAUAGGUGUGCGCCACCAUAUCUGGCGAAAAUCUCAUUCUGGUACCAUGAAUUGAACUCAGGACUUUGCGCUUGCCAGGCAGGCACGGCGCCACCGAGCUACAUCCACGCCUCGAAAAUCUGGUUCUUGACUCCAAGUUUUCACUUCAUGUUUUCAAAAUCGUCUUCCAUAUGGUUUCGUAGUCUUAGAUUAUUGUUGUUUUAAUUACGAAAGUAGUUCACAAACCCGAGUGCGUUGAGUCGGGGAACUGAACCUCGGUCCGCCGCUUCCUCUGCGUGAGGGAGGAUUCGGCCGUUGAACACCUUAAACCCGGGGGUUUUAUAUUUACAGUAAAAUAGUGCAGUACAGAAAAAAAAAGAAAUGCGCAUUCCUGGCACGACCUCGAGAACCCAUUCAUUCCCACAACAGCGUUUCCGGAACACGCUUCUAGAGUAAGAGGAUCGGAAAGGACGCGAGCCGCCAGCACGCGUAGACCCGAAGCGGUAGCCAUUAAGGCAUUGGGCGGGGCCUUGGUAAAGGCGGGCAUGCGUCCGACGCCCCGGCGUGGCUCCGCCUCCUGCGUUGGCGCGCGAUCCAAAAGUCAACCGAGGUGGCUGUAUUGGGCUUCCCUGAGGCGUCCUGUGGCGUCCUGAGGCGAGAGAACUGGAGAUUCUGUCUCAGCGCCCAUGAAGCGGAGAGGCCCCGAGGAGGAUGCGUGCGGCGUGUGGCUGGACGCGGCGGCGCUGAAGAGGCAGAAAGUGCAGUGCUGUGAGGAACUAAAAAGCAAGAGGAGACUCUCUGGUGAUGCUGUCAGUGAUUCUAGAAGUGGAAAGAGAAUGAGCCUUGUGAAGCAUAAAGGACAAGGUGGCAUGGGAAAAACCGACACAUUUAAUUAAACCAGGAACCAAAAUGCUAACACUCCUUCCUCGAGAGAGAAAGCCUGUUUCUUUCACUCAAAGAAGAAUUCCAUCUGCAGGCAUUAAGCAGACCAGCAUUGCUUCCUUUACUUUGAAGACAGGAAUGACAGAUGUUGGUAACCAGAGCAGUGUUUCAUCUCAUACAGAAAGUCAAAUUAACAAAGAGUCCAAGACAGACACAACUCAGCUUGACUGUUUGAUCCGGGACUCGGAAGAUGACUGCAUAGCACCCCCUCUGGCCAUGUCAACCCCUGAAGACAUCCAGGAAACUGGACUUUCUCCUUGGUCCCACAAGACUUCUGGCCACUACAAUGUGAGAAGCCCAUUUUUGACUAUGCCUCAACCUAAUUCCCUAGUCUGUGCUGGAGACAGUAAAGCCUCACUGGCUUUUUCUUGUUUGCUGGACCAAAAGGAUUCUUCCAGGAAAAAGGAAUGGUUUUAUGGAUCUGAGAAGAACUAUCAGGGCAUGGAGAGACACAUCAGACCACCUGGGGGCAAAUGCCAUCAGCUCUUGGACAAAGCUAAAUCAGAAAGGAAAGUGUCUGUCAAAGAAAACAGGCAGCGUUCGGUACACCUCCAAACUUUCAGGGAAUCCUGGAGUAGAGAAAACACAGAGUCAGUAAAACAAAACCGUUGUCCUGUUUCUGUGUUUUCUUGGGAUAGUGAAAAGAAUGACAAAGAAUCCUGGAGUCAGCUUUUCACUGAAGAUUCUCAGGGCCAGAGAGUCAUUGCCCACAGGAGAGCUCCUUUCCAAGAUGUAAGCAACACCUGGCAUCAGGGCCUAGGGCAUUUUCCAACCAGCCCUCGGGCUGAAUCCCAGGCUGGGCACACUCAGCUAAAUCUGCAGCCUGAUUUGCUCCUUACUCAGGACUCUGAAGGUAAUCAAGUUAUCAGGCACCAAUUUUGAAUGUUUAUAUGAGGGUUUGGUUUCUGAAAGCAUCUUGAAAUGGUAGAGAUGUAAGAAAAUAUCUUUUAGGUGGAGGUGGGGGGUUGAGGUGGGAAGGCAGCAUAGGCUUAAGCUGUCAAUAUCAAGCACUUUGUAAAUAAAGCAGGCAGUUGCCACUGGUUGA